AACCACGUGGGCCGCGGGAUGGCGGGCGAGGCGCAGUGCCUCAGCUACGCGGGAUGCAACUUCCUGCGCCAGCGCCUGGUGCUGGCCACGCUCAGCGGGCGCCCGCUGAAGAUCCGCAAGAUCCGUGCCAAGGAGGAGGACCCUGGGCUCCGCGAUUUUGAAGCAAGUUUUAUUCGCCUGAUUGACAAAGUGACCAAUGGCUCUCGGAUUGAAAUAAACCAAACAGGUACUACUUUGUAUUAUCAGCCAGGGCUUCUGUAUGGAGGCUCGUUGGAACACGACUGCAGCCCCAGUCGUGGCAUUGGUUACUAUUUGGAAAGUCUGCUGUGCUUGGCACCUUUCAUGAAGCAUCCAUUGAAGAUUGUCUUGAGGGGAGUAACAAAUGAUCAAGUAGACCCUUCGGUUGAUGUCCUUAAAGCAACAGCUCUACCCCUGCUGAAGAAAUUUGGAAUCGAUGGUGAAAAUCUGGAAAUCAAGAUCAACCGGAGAGGAAUGCCUCCCAAAGGGGGUGGAGAGAUACUGUUUGCUUGCCCAGUGAGAAAGGUCUUGCAGCCUAUUCAGUUUACAGACCCUGGCAAAAUCAAGCGUAUCAGAGGAAUUGCAUACUCUGUCCGAGUAUCACCACAGAUGGCAAACAGAAUGGUGGAAUCUGCAAGGGGCAUCCUGAAUAAAUUCCUCCCAGACAUCUAUAUCUACACAGAUCAUAUGAAGGGCGUCAACUCUGGAAAAUCACCAGGUUUUGGCAUGUGCCUUACUGCAGAAACGAUCAAUGGCACUGUUCUCAGUGCUGAGCUAGCCUCAAACCCUCAGGGCCAGGGAGCAGCUGUGCUUCCCGAGGAACUGGGCCAGAAUUGUGCUAAGCUGUUGCUUGAGGAGAUCUACAGGGGAGGCUGUGUAGAUUCAACAAAUCAGAGCCUUGCUUUGCUCCUUAUGACCCUUGGACAACAGGAUGUUUCCAAAGUCCUGUUAGGACCUCUGUCUCCAUACACAAUUGAGUUUCUGCGACACCUGAGAAGCUUCUUCCAGAUCAUGUUUAAGAUUGAAACAAAGACCCCUGAGGAAGAGCAUGGAGGCGGCGAGAAAGUUUUAAUGACAUGUGUUGGCAUUGGAUUUUCCAACCUUAGUAAAACUAUAAGAUAAGAAACAUCUACAGGCUUCAUAAAAGACAGAAAAUUAUGCAAAGAUCUAAAAAAACCUACCUGCCUGUGUUUAUUCUGGCAUAGGAAAGCCUGUGAUGAUUCCAGUGCAG